CCAACACCAUAUUUUAUCGUUUUUACCUGUGGUUGUAGUUGCGUCUUAUUGCCUAUCAUAACCUAAAGCCAGAAUAGAUAUUAAGUGCUUAAAUUUUAGUGUUGUGCUGUGUCAGUUAAGUGUUCAUGGGUUAGAGUUUUAUGGGUGGAAUUACUGCCCUUUUUAUUAAUUAAAGAUACUCUUUAUUUCGAAAUGGUUUUAAAUAACAUGCCACUCCUUGUGUUACUACUUUUUACAUUUCACACAACAGCAGGGUGUACCAUUCCAUUUAUAAUACGGGGAUCAUGGUUUUCAUGGGAGAAUGGUCAGAAUACAUUGACUGUGAUUAAUGCUGAAACAAUGACUCGUAAAGGAUAUUGCAUUGCUGUUAAAGAAGAUUACCAUGUUAACUAUACAUUUGUUUUUCAAGACAAUAAAUGUUACCACUGUGUUAAGCUACUGGUCAGGACUGUAAAUGUGUUGGAAAAACUUGAAACUGGCUGUGUGAAUUUGGCUCGUGAUCAGGAACCAACAGUUGAGAGAGUAUGCAGGGACUUAACUCCUGAUCAACAUAUUGUAACGUUGUUUUCGGAGAAUUAUGUCCCAGUCAACUGUCGGUCUAGUUUAGAAGGCGUUUGGCAGUUUGCUUAUCAGAAUCGUUUCCGGUUUACUGGAGAGUGCAAUAAUCCAGACGCGCAGAUCCGAUCAUGCCAGACUGCAGGAACACAGUUUCUUAUAACAAAUCAAAAAUUCAAUAUUACAUACAAGAAAUGCCCAGGCAUGACUGGAACAUUUGAUGGAGUGGUGGAAUAUAGCUGUCUUGGUGAUUGGUUUGUGGAUAAAAAUCACUUUUUUGCCGUUGCUAAUACGAAGGAAUCCCGGAAAGAUGAAAAGUAUCGGUGUUUCCUGAAGAAUCGAGAUGAUGACUUGUAUAUUGGAGUGUCCAUAACAGCAGAGUGCAACACUCUGAAAACGGUAGAGAAAAGUCCAGAACGGCUGCGAAUUACCCCAGUCAAAUCGGAGGUUGUUGAACCUGGUUGUCGCCUCCCACAGAAUUUCAGUGGUGAUUGGAUCAAUACUGCAAACAUUGAUGCUGAUAUUUUCAUAAAUGAGACACACAUCAUUGAAACUUGGUACCCGGAUGAAGGUCGGUACAGGAGGACCAUUUAUGUGUGUCGGCAACAAAGGGACACUCGGUAUAUGAUGGCAAGGCUUACAGUAGAUGGCUGUCAGAAGGACUACGUGUGUUUUGACUUUGUACCCCAGCACCAUAACGUUAUCCGUUACCGACGUGGCAUUGCUGUCAUCAAAGAUGAUUUCCACACUGUUUGUUCAUGGGUACAGUUUAAGAACAAGGAAUCAUGGAAGUUUGACUUAUUUUUAGCAAAAAAUCCAGUGCCUGUGCAGUGUCCAAUAGCAGGGAAGUACAAUUUUACUCAGCGUGGUGAUGUGCCUUUUGAAACUCGUAUUUUGGGUGGUGUUACGCUUUCUCCUCGUCCCAACACGUACUGUAAGCAGAACAUAUCUGACUUCUCAGUAUGUGAUACAGAACAAAAGGAAAUUUCUAUUGAUGAAACAUAUUGUCUCAGUGUUGAUCACUUAGGCAGACCUGUCGACAUUUACAGUGACCCUGAUUACAAGAUGAAGUGCAUUGGUUAUUGGAAGGAGAAUCUCAAAUCAUAUUUGAUCACAUUUGAUGAGUUGGAUCCUUUUAGCAAGUACCGUUGCUGGGUAUACCAACGUGCAGAUCUGAACCGCGUGCUUAUGUCUCAGGCAAUUGGGCCUUUCUGUGACUUAAAACAGGAUGUGACAAGCUGGAAUUACACAGAGGGAGCAGCUGUAGCUGUGGAGAUGCAGGAAUAUGAACGAGAGCGGGACCAGUGUCCUAUGCAUUUUGAUGAUGGCAGUAACCCUUGGAUACAUUCAGAGAAUUAUGUGCAGGUUUUUAAGUUUGGCACCAGUGCAGCUGCUAUAUUCAGUAACAUUGCUGGAAGCUUGGUCAUGUUUCUGAUAUAUUACAUCUGCAUGAAGACUUUGCUUGUUGGCUGAAUCAUUCAAAGAGUUCAUCUUUGAUUUAGAAGUCUGUCAAGCUAAAGCAUGCAGAGAUUAAGAGAUGAAAGAAGAAGUAUGCGUUUUUCCCAAAUGGAUGAACUUCCUGAUUAAGUAAUAAUUUUGUAUGAUAUUAUUAUAUGAAUUGGGAUAUAGAUCUGUUUUAUUAAAGCAGUGUUAACAUUUUAAAGUAAUCAAAUAAUGUUUAAGUGUGAGGUAAGUAUUUUUUUUUUCUCUUUUUUAUUUUGAAACAUACUUAGAUACAUAAUGCUAAUCAAAAACUAUUCCCAGAGUAAAAGACAUGGUAGUUAAUUUCACAGCCUUCAAUUUACACAUAUUACACUUUUAAAGUUGUACUACUAGGUUAAUUAUAAUUAACAUCUGCUUUCAGAUGUACUUUUGUAGGCAUAUUAAGAUUUGACAAGCAGUAAUAGUUUUUAUAUGCUCUAACCAGAUCACUGACUUUUAUAUAUUUGUGUAUACAAUGUAAUUUUAUAUCACCACUGCCACUCACUUAUGCUUCUAGCAAGAGUGGAUUUUUAUUGUAUUUUAUAUUUAUGUAACAUAAACAAACAUUGCGUCCAGUGGAAUUAUCAAAAUAGUCAUUAAGGCCAAGAUCUUUUGUACUUACUGAAAUCAUUGAUGAUAUCAUGUAAACAUGUUACAUGCAUAUAACUGUAGAAUAUGGGAAGUGGUUCAGUUUAUUCUUUGAUAUCGUUAUCUUAUACAUUUUUAGUUUGAAUUGUAGUCAUCAUUUCUAAUGAGUGGUAAUCAUUAGCUGCUUUUUAAUUUCCUCAGAAAAAUUAUGUUAUCUGUUUUAGACAUGUUAAAUACUCUGCAAUCCCAUGAAAUGUAAAGAAUUUCUGCAGCCAGGUGAUUGCUACAAUUAAGUUCGAUAAUAUCCGUAAAUGUUUUUAAGCCAAAGUACAUGUGUAGUGAUCAGAAUAUUCGUAAGCAAUCAUGUUAACAUCUGUCGGGAUUACUGAACUCUAAAUAUGUGGUUAGUUUGGUGUAGUUUUUAAUUUGAUAUAAAAUUAACACUAUUUGUUUUUGUUUUUUUUAUUAUUAUUUUGAAUUAGUACAGGUUUUAGAAGUUUAAAUUAAGACCUGCCACUUUAAAUGUAAUUUUUAAUGGAAAAAUUAUAUAGGUAGUUUUUUUGGCUAUUUAAUUGUAGUUUUUACAUACUGAAAUAUGGUUGUGUGGUUAUAAAAUUAGCAUACUUGUCUGAUAAAGUAUUAAUACACAUAUUCUCAUUCCAUCACCGAUGCUGCAAUGAGUAAUUACUCAUCUCUUUGAAUUAGUAAUGAAUGUGUGUGAGUACUUGAUGACAUUAAUUUUAGUAUUAAGUCGUGUUCUGUUAUGCUGUCUGUUCUCUCUCAUAUCAUUCCACGCCCUUACUGAGGCAGGUACAAACAUAUCUCUUCCUUUUCCAUCUCUUUCCGUCCAUAAACCCUACCUCUAGAUAAUGUAUAAACAGUAUAAUUAAAAAAGUGCAAUGAAUGUUUAUGAUAAAGUAACCCCCUUCUGGCUGAUGCUUGGGUUUUUUUAUAUAAAAUAUUGUAGUAUGGUGCUUCUGCCUAUUUUAU